UAGUGUAACAUGGUUAAUAAGUUUGUUUUUCUCGUCUUUUGCAAUAUAUAAAAUGAUCCACUCGUUUAAAAUAGGAAGGUAUUUAAUGGAUUUAUACGAUGAGAAUACUCAUUACAGAAGAAACUAUUGUAACGUGCAGAAAAUUGUAAAAUUAACCAAUUACCUUCAAAAUGACGCGAUAUGUUAUAUUUGCAUUUUUCUUGCAACGGGCUAUCUUGUGGUUGAAUUUGAGAAGUGUGAGGAUACUUCAAACGACUAUGCUUGUGGAUUUAUAUUUCCAAACUACCUGUUUAUAAAUAUGAACCAUCGACCAUAUCGUGACCUCUACAAUUUGGUCAUACUAUUUAUUUUGGCAUAUGCUUUCGUUACAUUAUUGCUGGCGUUCUUAAAUUUGUUCUUUGCCAUCAUGUAUCUGGAGUUACUAUCCAAAGAUGUCCGAAAAUCAUUAAAAAUGUCUAAGUUGAUUCAGCUAAGAGCAAUGCGAUUACAGAAAAUUAAAGAAAUUCAUCAGCAACAAAUGAUUUCUGUCGAAAUUUGGAACAUUUUAAUGGGAUUAUAUAAAUUUCCAUUACUAGUGCUGUUGUGUGUUGCUUUUGUUAAUGUUCCUUUGAUCGUCAUAUCGGAACUAAUUGAGUUUAAUUUACUAUCACUUGCCCAUUUGAGUAUUUAUAUUGGAGGUAUUUGUGCCUGUGGCUUCCUUGCAGAGAAAAUGAACCGCGUAAAUGAACAAUACCGGCACGACUUCUUCUACGCAUGCCCCUGGGAUGGUGAUUUACAGAAUACAAAAUAUCUAAUGCUCAUGAAUUUAAAUUCAAACUCUGGUUUUAAGCUAUUGCUUGGUCACUUCGGAGCAUUUUCGAAUGCAGUUGUAUUUCAGGUAUUAAAAUAUUCCUAUUCAAUUGUAAUGGUGUACGUUCAAAACAUCCACAAACAUAAAUUAAGGGAUACAUAAGGUAUUUAUUAAAAUAGUUUUUUAUAAUAAGUAAAUUAUGCUGAAUAAUCAAUUCUUAAAUUUCUGUCUUGUGAAUAUUUAAUACGACAAGCUAUAUCAUUUAUAUAACGUUCUAAAGUAUAAUCAAAAAAAGUAAUCGGAUUAUUAACAUUAAUGUCUAUAUAGUUCGAAGAUAUUAAAACAUUAUGCACAUAAA